AUGAAAUCCCUAAAAAUUAAAGGCCUGAUAGGAGGAAAAAAUGAGGAGUUCUACAACCUCGUUACUGUUAUAAAUCUAAAUGAUGAAGAAAUAGACGAUCGAAUUGUAGAAAAGGAAAAAAGCAUAAAAGAAAAUAUAGUCUUGAUGAAAAAUAUCAAGGAAAUUCUAAAGAGUGAAAAGAAUUUACUUUCCAAAAUACGAAAAAAUGAAAAAAUUCGCUUAAAAGUAAAGGGAAAUAUAAAAAAAGUAACCAAUAAUAAGAAGGAAAUUUUAAGGAAAUAUUAUCAUGAGGAAUCAUUAAAUAAAACUUCAGAUGAAGAUUUAUGUGCUAACAAUAAUCAAUAUAUGAAGGAAAUUUUAAAUUAUUUGAAAAAUAUUGAAGGUAUAAAAUUCUAUGGACAUGUUCGAAAAAGAACAAACAAACAUAAAAGUUACACCGAUCAGUAUUCUUGUCAAGGAUUAAAUAAAGUCCAAUAUUCUAAAAAAAUAAAAAAAACUGAGAAGAAAAUCCAUCCUGUAUGUUACGAUAAGGAGAUACCUGCACAUAGAGUGAAUAAUCCAAAAGACGAAAUAAACAGAGAGGAUCAAAAAAAUAAAAAUUAUAAUGCAUGUGUGAAUGACAACAGAGUGUUAAUUCUUCCUAUCCAUAGAGUGAUAAAAAAUAAAAUCAUUCAAAAAAAGAGGAUAAAAAAACAAAUUUUUAGUGCUAGCCACUAUGUUGCAAAGAAACCUAUAAAGAACAAUCAGCUAGCUAAAAGGGUAUUAAAAAAAAGUUUUUAUGAAAUUAAAAAACCCGUAGUGAAAAAUUUACAAAAUUUUAUAACAAUUGCUAAACCUGAACUGGUGCAAAGAAUCAAUCAUACAAUAAGUUACAAAGGCAGAAGUAGCGUUAUUUACAACUUAAAGCAAGAUAAGUGUUUGGCUCACAGGAAAAUUUACCCUGUCAAAGGUAGUAUUGUGCAGUAUGAAAAAAAUAAAUUAUAUUUUAACGGGUUAUUUAGACAUUUAAGAAGGAAGAAAAGUGAAAACAUAAUAGAAUCAGCUAGAGGUAAUACACUUUCAACAAAUUCAUUAUCAAUAGGAAAAGCAAAAAAUGAAGGAGAAUAUUAUGUACUUUCUUCGAAAAAAGAGACAAUAGAACCCACUUAUGAAGAUGAAUUUGUUAAAAAUAUAUUCAUAUUGAAAGAAAAAAUAAAAGAUGAAUAUAGAAAGAAGAGGAAAACAAGAAAAAAUGGAUCAAGUAUUUACAGCAGUGAUGACAGAUUCCCAUAUAAUGAGCAUGUUAAAUCUAACAGAAGAAGACAUAGUUCCAAAUAUGUCUAUGAUGAAACGGCUCUUAGUGAAGGUGAAAUGGAUGAUUUCGAGCAUUUUUCCAAUGUGAAGGAAAAAAAUGUUCUCAAGUUUGUGGACAAUUUUAGGCUUCUUAAGAAGAACGAAAAUUACAAAAAUGGAGGGGGAGGAGGAAGAAGAAGAAGAAGAAGACAUGAUUCAAGGGACGAAAGCAUCAGGGAGAAUUUUCAUCUGGGAGACUCCAUGAGGUACUACCCCUCGAGGGGUUCUGAGUUAGCGUGCAUGCCAUUCGAAGAGGAUGCAGAUGUGAAGAAGCCGGAUCUGCAUACAGAUGUGAAGAAGCCAGAACCUCAUACAGAUGUGAAGAAGCCAGAACCCCAUACAGAUGUGAAGAAGUCAGAACCUCAUACAGAUGUGAAGAAGUCAGAACCUCAUACAGAUGUGAAGAAGCCAGAACCCCAUACAGAUGUAAAAAAGCCAGAACCCCAUACAGAUGUGAAGAAGUCAGAACCCCAUACAGAUGUGAAGAAGUCAGAACCCCAUACAGAUGUGAAGAAGUCAGAACCCCAUACAGAUGUGAAGAAGCCAGAAGAGCCUGCAAAAUCGAUAUCCCAGGAGGAGAAGAAAUCGUUUCCUCUUGUUCUGAAAAAGCCAAUUUUGUCACACAAAGCAAUGAUGACCAGUUCGACAGGUGUAAACGGUGAAGCCUUAAAAAGUGAAAACAAAAAAAGUGCAUUAGUAAAAGAAAAAUCAAGUCCCGAAAAAAUUAGCAAAUUACCCUCAAUAAAUUCGAAAAAAAGUAACAACAUGUAUCAUACUCCUAGUGAGAGUUAUGAUGUUAAUGGCAAUAGUUCCAAAUUAAUCCCCACGAAUAAAAGUAGCAUGGACUAUUCGGACGAAGGCUUUGAAAAGAAUUCUCCACAGUUAGCAGAAAAAAAAGAUCUGAUCAGCAUCAUGAAAACAAAUUCGACGAUGUUAAAACAUUAUGGUAAGAAAUCAAAUUUUGUAGAAAAGAAGAAAGCCAGUGCUCCAUCCUCACCAUCAUGCAAUGAAUUGAAUAUUGGACAUCCAGACGAUGUUCAGAAAAUACCAACAGAAGAAGAUCAAAUGAAUAUAGACAGAACUGAUAAAGAGAAAAAAGAUACUUUAAUUUUUGGAGAAAAAUCACCAACUUCGUUACUUAGUGAACAAGUGAAAAUGGGACAUGAGGUGAAAAAGGAAAAACAGUCAUUAUGUGUAUCUUUAAAAGGUAAGAAGGUUUACCCUCCAAAGAAUUCAUCCCUGAAAGAGGAAUCUAAUUCAUUUUGUAGGAUCAUAAAGGAAAAUGACGAGAAAAAAUUAAGUCAACAAGAUAAUUCACUCAUACAAGAGAACGAAAGAACAAGAGAUCAAAAAUGCAAAGAGGGAAAUGUUCCAUUCGAGAAAAAGUUGAAAAAUGUUUCAAAUGUUUAUGGAAAAGAAGAUGAUUUGAUGGAUGUCUCAUCUAAAAAACAAGACAAUAUAGAACAACAACCUGCUGGUGAGAGUGGUUCAAAUGUGGAUGAAAAAAAUUUGAAAGGUGAUAAUAUGAACUUUAAAAGAGGUCUUCCACCAUUAAACAAGACUCAUUUCAAGGACAGCAAGGUGUUUACAAAGGGAAUACAGAUGCAUAAGGUUCUUCCUGGGUUAGAACCAAUUAAGGGAAAGGCACAAGUGGAGAAAGAUAGUGAGACCAAAGGGACGAGGGAGACAAAUGAGGAGACACCAUUGAACAGAUUGAGCAAGUCAAACGAGGACACAACAAUGAACAAAUCGAGAGAGUCAAACGAGGACACAACAAUGAACAAAUCGAGAGAGUCAAACGAGGACACAACAAUGAACAAAUCGAGAGAGUCAAACGAAUCAAACCAACCGAAUGAAAAAAGAUGGAGUACAGUCAAGCAUCCCAACCAAGAACUUGAAAAAAGAUUAAUUAAUCCUCCUAUAAAAUUAAUACAUAUAGAUAAGAAAAAUAGCAAAGGUGAUGCAACAAUUUCCAAAGACUUUUCAACAGAUGAAGAUAAAGGGCCACAAGAAAAAGUAAGUAGUGUUGUUAAAGAAAAUGUAGAAAAUGUUAAGGAAGAAAACUUGAAAGAAGAAUUGCAUGGCGUAACAGAAAAUAAACAAGAGGCAAAUAAUAAUAAAAAUCAAGCAGAUUCUACUAGUUUCGUUACUAAGAAGGAGAAUAAUAAUAAAGUGGUGGGUUCUGUGAAUGCACCAUCAAAGCUGAAUAACAGGAUUCUGAAAAAGGCACCGUUUGCAAAAAUGUUGGAGAAAGGGGUUCCUAAGGGCACGCAUCUGUCCGAUGGGAGCGAAGAGAGAGAAGUAAAAGAAGUGAAAGAAGAGAGAGAAGUGAAAGAAGUGAAAGAAGUGAAAGAAGUAAAAGAAGUGAAAGAUGUGAAAGAAGCGAGAGAAGUGAAAGAAGUGAAAGAUGUGAAAGAAGCGAGAGAAGUGAAAGAUGUGAAAGAAGCGAGAGAAGUGAAAGAAGUGAAAGAUGUGAAAGAAGUAAAAGAAGUGAAAGAUGUGAAAGAAGCGAGAGAAGUGAAAGAUGUGAAAGAAGCGAGAGAAGUGAAAGAGGGGACAAUCGAAAAUGACAAACAAAGGGAACAAAUAAACCUAAGUAGCAAUGCUGGCAACAAAGUGGGAAGUGCAAAGAUGAUGAUGUCCACAAAGGGUGAAUCAAUAAAGAAAAACUUGAUUUUGCAGAAAAUGGUAGGAAAGACUUCGAAUGCUAAAAAUAUAAGUGAUACCAAUUUAGUAUCAAAAUCGAAAUGUCAAAGUGAAGGAGAGAAGGAUGAAAAAAAUUGUGAACAAAGGAAGAGGGAAGUAAUGAAAUGGUGCAUAAAGCAAAACAGUGAAAUGUUAGCUGUUAAAAAGAGUGCACCACCUAGUAAAGAGAGAGUCGUCAUACCAAAGAGGAAUGGUAAAGAAGAAACAAAUGAAACUAAAAAAUAUGUAAGAGGGGAAGAAAAAAAGGAGGAGAGGAAAAAAAUAUUGACAACUUCGUCACACUUAGGUGUAAAAUAUGUACGAGACUUGAACAACAACAAAGAAAAGGGAGAAGUACAAAGAGAGGAAAAUCAUUUAAAUGAUAGAGGGGGGUUCAUAGAAAAUGCUGUAAAAAAAAACAUAGAAAUGAUAUUAGAAAGAGCAGGAAAUUUAAUAAUCCAUGACACGGAUGUGAAAAAUGAAGAAAAAAAAAAGUCCUUAAAAAUUACAAUUGAAAAACAAGGUUGUACAAGUUCUUCCCAGGCGUCCUUACCAUCAACAGGGGGACAAGGACGGGGAGGAGGAGGAGAAGAAGAAGAAGGAGAAGGAGAAAAAGGAGGGUUGAAAAAAAUGAACAUAAAGGAGAAAACUAUGAAGAUGAAGGGAGUCUUUCCUAAAGGUAAAUUUUCCCUUGUUAAGAAAAGCGUGUCCAACAUGGGGGAAAGUGGGGUCAGAAGUGAGAUCAGAAGUGAGAUCAGAAGUGAGAUCAGAAGUGGGGUCAGAAGUGGGAUCAAAAGUGGGAUCAAAAGUGGGAUCAAAAGUGGGAUCAGAAGUGGGAUCAGAAGUGGGAUCAGAAGUGACGUGGACAAUGACUUGGACAGUGACGUGUCCGACACGGGGGGAUCCCCAAGGAACUACAAAAAAUACUCAGUCACGUUAAACAAGUUCUCAAAUAAGAUAGAAAUAAAGCAGAACAACCCAUUUAAUGUGGUUAAAUUGCUAAGUGCGAUGGGUGGAGAGUCCAACCAAGUCAAAGCCAAAAGAUGUGCAGAAAAAUCAUUGCCUACAAACGAUUCUCUAAAAGAAUGUUCCGUUGGAAAGGACAACAAUGGUAAUGCUACUACUGCUGCAGAUGCAGAUGCUGAUGCUGUUGUUACUUCUACCAAUACUGAUACUAGUAGUAAUGGCCUGACCCAAACGAGAGGAAACUCCACAAAUAUGCUACUAAAGGAAUCCACAAAGGAGCUUACGCUCAGAGAUGAAGAUGAUAUAGUGGCUUCUGCCAGCUACAUCGAUGAAACAGAAAAACAUGUUCCAAGUGAAAAACUGUGUGUCGAAAAAAAUGAUAUGGAGAAAUAUAAUUCCAAAAUGUCUUUUUCAAACAAAAAAAAAAUGAAUUUGGUAAGGAGGAAUGAUGAAGAAACAGCUGCUCCAAAUGAGGAAGAAGAAAACCGUAACGAUGGUGCAGACAGGAAGGAAUCUGAACAGAAAAAAGAGGUGGAUAGGGAAGUGGAGAGAGAAGCGGAGAGGGAAGUGGCGAAAGAAACGGAGAGGGAAGUGGAGAAAGAAACGGAGAGGGAAGUGGAGAAAGAAAAGGAGAGGGAAGUGGCGAAAGAAAAGGAGAGGGAAGUGGCGAAAGAAAUGGAGAAAAAACUUCCCAUACUUAAAAAGAUGAACGUGACGAAACCCCCACUUAAAGUACCUAAUAUGCAAAGUGAUCGAAUUGGUCAUGUGAAAAAUUCAGAAAAGAAAAAUAACUUUGUAGCCAAAUUACAAAACGUAAAAAAUAUGUCGACACUAAAGGAGUUUCCUCUUAAAAAGGUGUUGAUGCAUAAGGAGAGUGGAAAGAUCAUUUGCAAGAGGACUAACAGCUCCAGCGAGCAGAAAAAUGAUGAGAUGUUUGAAGAAAAACCAAUUAGGAUGGAACGUCCAAACAGCAGCAGUAUCGCUAAAAAUGAGGACAUGACGACGAAAAUAGAUGAACAGAAUAACCAUGAGGAAGAAACGUCUCUAGCAAAGGAAGAGAAUUGCAAUAAUGACAAAGGGGUAGCAUCCUUUGCCUCUUCAAAGGAAACUGUACGCUCAGACUCAGAUCUCUCAAAAAAGGAUGAUUCUCAAAAUGACGAUUCAAAAAAAGGCAAUUCAAAAAAAGACAAUUCUCAAAAUGACGAUUCAAAAAAAGACAAUUCUCAAAAUGACGAUUCAAAAAAAGGCAAUUCUCAAAAUGACGAUUCAAAAAAAGGCAAUUCUCAAAAUGACGAUUCAAAAAAAGACAAUUCUCAAAAUGACGAUUCAAAAAAAGGCAAUUCUCAAAAUGACGAUUCAAAAAAAGACAAUUCUCAAAAUGACGAUUCACAAAACGACGAUUCAAGAAAAAAUAGGAACAAAACUCCCGUACCUUAUACAAGUGGAUGCAUUGAAAAGAAAGAAGCACCAAGAUCGAAAAUCAAAAUUGUGCCGAAAAUUCCACCCAAAGCUGUAGUUAGUUUGUCCAAGGAAGCUAUGGGUGAAAAAAAUAAAACUAAGAUGAAACCUCCACUUUUAAAUAAACUUAAAGGAAAUGCAUUCAGCACAAUGAAUAAAGGGAGAUGA